AUGAAUAAUACUGAUCCGACCUCAUUUGAAAGUAUACUGGCAGGUGUAGCCAAACUAAGAAAAGAAAAGAGCGGCACAGACAAGACAGCGUCUCAAUCGCAAAACAAAGAGGAUGUACCGUCUUCUCAGCAGUUGGAGUCCCCUCAGCAGAAGCCGCAGGCAUCGAGAUCCAUAGAUCAGAAUCGGGUUAUAAACGCCUUCAACCAGCAAAAACCGGAAGAGUGGGCCGAUUCAAGAGCUACAGAUGGUUACAGUAAAAAAAGGCCCUUUAAAGGUAGUGGUCCAGGAAAAACUGUACUGGUGAACACCACGCAGAAGGAGAACCCACUUCUAAACCAUUUGAAAAGCACCAAUUGGAAAUAUAUAUCUUCUACGGGAAUUAAUAAGAUAUCCUACGACUAUUUGGUCCGCGGGAGGAAUGUGUUAUUUUUAACUCUGACAUAUCAUAAGUUAUAUGUUGACUAUAUUUCUAGGAGGAUGCAACCGUUAUCUAAAAAUGAAAAUAAUAUACUGAUAUUUACGGUGGACGAUAACAAUUCUGAAGAUACUCUUAAUGAGAUCACGAAACUCUGCAUAUUCAACGGAUUCACUUUACUUUUAGCAUUUAAUUUUGAACAGGCUGCCAAAUACAUCGAGUACUUGAAUCUAUGA